AUGUCCCUUCCCUUCGGUGCCGACCCCAAAAACGGCCGAGAUACACACGCCUCAGACUCAAUGCCUAAGGAUGGAGAUAUUCAUGGCUCACAUCACCAUGAGCGUCCGGAGAAUACAAACCCGCACUACAACGAAUAUGCAACAAUUCUAAAAACACACCUGGGCAUCGUUGAGAGCGAAUUGAGCAGACUAAAGUCCACACAGAUCUCCGAACUAGGCGUGGCCGAAAAAUAUCACACUGCUCGGGAAUUCGAAGUGGGUGAGAAGGACAUGCACGUACAGGAAGCCAGGGCUCUCAGAGUCCAUCCUUGGGAAUGGCGAGGAGUCAAGAACAAAGGUGGGAUCAUUCGGAGCCUACCAGCUCUCAUUGUUUCUUCAAAUGGGCAUGGCAGACCACGGCGAGGUUCAACCAAGCGAAGGAGCACGAGAAACAAUGACACGCUUGGUAGUGGCAAUUCGAUCCUGGAAGAAGACCCUCCAUUUGAGAAUGCAUACCGUCUUGCCAUCAACUCGAAGAUUCUUCUCAACUUACUAAACGAUUGCACUGGUAUGGAUUUUCCAGAAGACCGCAACGUCUGGCUGCGCCCAUUCAAAUACCUCGUUGCUUAUGAGACGGAAAUAAGACAGACUCUGCAGGACGUUGAAGUGAUUUUCGAUCAGUUCGAAGCAGGAUCACGGCUGUCUGAUCAGAUAGACACUAGCCAGCCCAACAGCGAAGUCAGUAUUCCAGGUGCAAAGCCCAUGCGAGAGGGAGAAGAAUUAAUGGCAGGAGCUGCGGAAUUAGCACCGCAUGCUAUGGAUGCAUCGAGCGCGAAAGUUGAAAGGGACCACCUCCGUUGUCUCGUGGAGUUUAUGGAUACGGAUAUGCAAGAUAUUUUCGAUGUGAAGCGUCAGGUUGCCGACCAAACUCUCAAGGAGGUGGCCUUUGAGCAUCUGUGGCUGCUUUACAGGCCAGGUGACUUAGUUUAUUCAACGACAUCUCCAGAGGAAAGUAAGACUUGCCAAGCUUAUCGCGUUCUUCAUGUCACUGGUGGACGACCAAUUCUUGACCCCGCCAACAAGUCGAAAAUUUAUGCAGUCCGAAAUCGUAAUGGGACAGGGAGUCAGAGACCGAAGAAAACGUCUGCGACAACAUCCGGGGCUCGUAUUCAUACGUGA